GGAGAGAGAGAGAGAGAGAGAGAGAUAUAUAUAUUUCACCAAAAUAUCUCCACCGGCCAUGGCGAAGAAAAGUGGAGGAGGAGGAGAAGAAGAAGAAGAAGGAGAGAGCUCAGGGAAGAGGAUGAAAUUGGCCAAGGAAGAAGAGCCACAAAACGGCGAUGUCGAAGAAGAAGAGCUUCUCAGCGAUAGCGAGCUUCCAUUGAAGUCCGGCUUCUUGUUCUACCCUAUGACUCCCACUUCCUUCGUCGUCUCCGAUGCCCUAGACCCCGAUUUCCCCGUUAUCUACGUUAACAAAGUCUUCGAGAUCUUCACCGGCUACCGCGCCGACGAGGUCCUCGGCCGAAACUGUCGGUUCUUACAAUAUAGAGACCCUCGGGCUCAAAGACGGCACCCUUUGGUUGACCCCGUUGUUGUUUCUGAGAUUAGAAGAUGUCUUGAAGAAGGAGUUGAAUUCCAGGGGGAGCUUCUUAAUUUCAGGAAAGAUGGUACGCCCUUGGUUAAUAUGCUAAGACUUGCACCCAUACAUGAUGAUGAUGGAAUCAUGACACAUGUUAUCGGUAUUCAAGUAUUUUCUGAAGCAAAAAUCGAUCUGAAUUGCCUAUCAUAUCCGGUUUUCAAAGAGACUUGCAGUCAGCAAUUUGACCAGUCAGGGAAGUAUCCUUAUAUUAGUGGACAAUCACCAGCCAACCAGCAACAACAAAUAUGUGGCAUUCUUCAGCUUUCAGAUGAAGUCUUGGCUCACAACAUCUUGUCGCGUUUGACACCAAGGGAUGUUGCAUCCAUUGGUUCUGUCUGCCGAAGGAUCCGUCAGCUCACAAAAAAUGAGCAUGUGAGGAAGAUGGUUUGUCAAAAUGCGUGGGGAAGAGAAGUCACCGGCACACUGGAAUUGAUGACUAAAAAAUUAGGAUGGGGGCGUCUAGCUAGGGAAUUAACAACUCUUGAGGCUGUUUGUUGGAGAAAAUUUACAGUUGGAGGUGCAGUGGAGCCUUCACGAUGUAACUUCAGUGCUUGUGCUGCUGGCAAUCGACUUGUAUUGUUUGGAGGUGAAGGAGUUAAUAUGCAGCCAAUGGAUGACACAUUUGUUCUAAAUCUUGAUGCUGCAAAUCCUGAAUGGCGUCGAGUUAGUGUGGAAUCAUCCCCACCAGGGCGCUGGGGUCACACUCUUUCAUGUUUAAAUGGUUCUUGGUUGGUAGUUUUUGGAGGAUGUGGGCGGCAAGGAUUGCUCAAUGAUGUCUUCGUUCUUGACUUGGAUGCCAAACAACCAACAUGGAAAGAAGUUUCUGGCGGAACUCCCCCUCUCCCUAGAUCCUGGCACAGUUCUUGCACAAUCGAGGGUUCGAAAUUGGUUGUUUCAGGUGGAUGCACAGAUGCCGGAGUACUUCUCAGUGAUACAUUCUUGUUGGAUCUCACGACAGACAAGCCAACAUGGAGAGAAAUUCCAACAUCAUGGGCUCCACCCUCUAGGUUGGGGCAUUCACUUUCAGUUUAUGGCCGCACAAAGAUUCUCAUGUUUGGCGGGCUCGCAAAAAGUGGCCACCUGCGGCUGCGGUCAGGAGAGGCUUACACCAUUGAUUUAGAAGAUGAAGAACCCCGCUGGAGGCAACUUGAGUGUAGUGCGUUCAACAGUGUUGGGAGCCAGAGUGCUGUGGUUCCUCCUCCUAGACUUGAUCACGUUGCUGUCAGCAUGCCUUGUGGAAGGAUCAUCAUCUUUGGCGGAUCGAUUGCCGGGCUGCACUCUCCUUCCCAGCUCUUUCUAUUGGACCCGUCUGAAGAGAAACCAUCAUGGAGGAUUCUGAAUGUUCCCGGGCAACCGCCUAAAUUUGCUUGGGGUCACAGCACUUGCGUGGUUGGGGGUACUAGAGUCCUCGUAUUGGGCGGCCACACCGGUGAGGAGUGGAUACUCAACGAAUUGCACGAGUUGUGUUUAGCAAGCAGGCAGGACUCGGACUUCUGAUAUGAUAAUGAGAUGGCCAAGCUGCAGUACCACAUACUUCCACACCAGCCACUCUGGAAGAAAAUUUUGUUUUCAUGAUCCGUUCUAGUUCCUGCUGCAUUUGUGAUUUGCUUUUAUAUUGCAUUAUGUGCGUGAGUUUUCUGAUGUGUUGUGGUCAUAUUUAGGUCUGUAUUAUAUUGUAAAAAGUUUUAACACCUUUGUGCCUAUUUUGACGUUUGUACAUUAUGAGCAUAGGAUAUUAAACCUAUAUGUAAUGUUAGCGACUCUUUUGCCC